UGACUCACUCCUCAUUACUGUAGACUCGAGUUGGACUCCUGACCCCUCAAGAGCUAUAAUAGACCGAAUUGAUCUUAUUGACUUCAUUUCUGUCUUUGUGGAGAGACGCAAUGAAACUUUUCAGUGUCAUAGUCGGUAUCUAUUUGACAGUGGCUGUUGGUCAAACACAGCCAGCAAUGGAGUCCUCAUACAUCGCUGCUGUGUAUGAGCACAAUUUAAUCACCAACCCAGACCCUCGUGUCACGGUGUCGCGGCAGGCUGCCCUUCAACACAUGCAGAAAAACUUGGAUAUCUACGAAGUGCAGGCUGCACGAGCCGCUCAGCAGGUAUGAUUUGUUGGAAAGUUACAAAUGUUUGGUAGCAACUCAUAAAAAGGGUUACUUAUUGCUCUACUAAAAAUCAAUGAGCCACCAUGUGCCAGGUUUUUUCUAUUGCGUAACCAGUAAGUGUAUUAUUCAAUAAAAGGGUCAUACCUUAUAUGACAGCAAAUGACUGUGCAUUCAGUAUCCUGGCAUGUUUAUUCAGUCCUGUCUUCUCUUGUCUUUAUCAGGGGGCCCAGAUCCUGGUGUUUCCAGAAGAUGGUCUACAUGGAUUUAACUUCACCCGCACAUCCAUCGUAGGUUAUCUUGAAACAAUUCCUGACCCCCAGCAGGAGAGCUGGAACCCCUGCACAGAGCCAGAGAAACACAACAACACUGAGGUGCACAGAUAUACAUCAUGUUUGAUGUCUAUCUUGAUUUAAAGAUACUCAUGAACAGCCAACACUGGUCUGUUAUUAUGGAUUACAUUUCAGAAUGGUUGUUUUACAGGUUCUCCAGCGGUUGAGCUGUAUGGCUCGUCGGAAUAACAUCUACAUUGUAGCUAAUAUGCCUGACCGGCAGCCCUGCCCCCUGUCUACAGAUCCCACCUCCUCCUGUCCAUCCGAUGGACGCUGGCAGUUCAACACCAAUAUUGCCUUUAGGUGAAGUUGAGAUCUUAAAAUGGAGACAUCUGGCUAAACUCCAGCAAAUGCAUCAACACAUGAAUUCUUAAUUUCAUUAUCUUCUAGGUCUGAUGGCCUGCUGGUGGCACGCUACCAUAAAUACAACCUUUUCCAUGAGGAGUCCUUUGACACUCCACCACAGCCUGAGAUCAUCACAUUUGAUACUCCUUUUGCUGGAAAAUUUGGCCUGCUGAUAUGCUUUGACAUCCUAUUUUACAAGCCCACUAUAGCACUGGUGGAAAAGGUAAAAACACUCACAAUUGUGUACUUAGCUCUAUGUCCCUGUGUCGGAUCUCUUUUUUAAAAGCAGACUCUCUUCCCGCUGCUUUCAGGGUGUUCGUCAGCUGAUCUUCCCUACAGCUUGGUUAAACACCCUCCCCCUGCUUGACUCUGUCCAGUACCAUCGAUCAUUAAGCCGAAUCACCAAUGUCACCCUGCUAGCAGCCAACCUCCGCCAUGAUAAUAAGAACAUGGCUGGGAGUGGUAUCUACACACCUUUUUCAUCCAUCUACCAUCACUCAAAGAGGGGAGACCCAGAGGAGGGCAAGCUGCUGGUGGCCAGGGUGCCGGUCUUAGACCCAGAGUGGUCGGGGCAGAGGGUGGCCACAGAGGAGGAGAAAUUGCAGUCCGAGUCUUUGUCAUCCCCUGUUACAGACUCUGGUUUCUGUCACAGUGACAGCUGCUCUGAUGGAUCUUCAGUCCCUUCAUCAUCAGCCACAUUCACAUCAUUCGUGACUGGUGACCCGUUCACAUUUGUCCUCCUAAAUGAAAAAGAGGGUAGGGUGAAGGUGUGCAAUGGCUCCUUUUGCUGUCACCUGCAGUACAAGCGAAUUUCACAGGGGGACAGUGAGGAGCUGUAUGCAUUUGGUGCGUUUGCUGGGCUGCACACUUUGGAUGGAGACCUAUCCCUGCAGGUAUGAACUAAAGGGUUUAUGGAUAUAGACACUGUCCUUUACAACAUGUCUCACCUGUAUCCUUCCUUCUGCAGGUGUGUGCACUCAUCCGUUGUGCAGGGUCGGACCAGAGCUCCUGUGGGCAGAUAGUAGAAGAAGCUGAGACCAAAAUGGACUUUGUGAUGGAGGGGAAGUUUGGAACCAGAUAUGUGUACCCAUCAGUUUUGGCGAGUGAAAUGGUUAUAGAGGAAGUAAAGCAUUUUGACAAAUCUGCAGAUGGAAGAGUGACUUUAAAACACUCAGACAUGACUGCUGGACUGGUGACCGCCUGUCUGUACGGACGGAUGUAUCACCUGGACCACGAAUGAAAUGCUAUUGAAAAGGUGUGAUGAAAUAUUGUAUCUGAUUAAAAAAAAUAAUGUACACAGUCGUAAAAAAGUUUUAUCUAGUGUAACAAAUCAGCUGUGCUGAUCACACACUACAGUGAAUUGGAAAUGAAUUGUUUGAUUAUUUUGUUAAAGAAAUCAAAAUAAAUCUUUACGAUCAUU